AAUAGUAAGCAAGAUGGACGACUUUCGGAAGAAAAGAAAAGGAAAAAUAUAGGAUUCUCAUAAACUUUGCAUAUUCCCACACGAACUUUCAUUCCCUCUUCCUGUUGUCAUUUUGUACCCUUGAGGCCAAAAACUUUCACAAACUUUCAAUAUCAUAUUUAUCAACAUCAAAUUAACGUACUAAAAAUAAGUUUGAAGCUUCUAACUGUAAAAAUGACGAAAUUUCCAUCCAAUAGCCACCCCCACUUACAACCCUUUUAUCGCGUUAAAGUAGCACAUGCCCGUUGUUCGUUAUGCGCGUAUGGUCAGAAAUUAUGACAACCGUCCUUAAGUACAACAUUAAUCCGCAUACAAAAUGAUUCCAUACGUUAUAGGCGUCAGUUGUCAAACUUAUCAUCAUUUGGCGAAAAUCAAAUAAGUACAAAAAUCACGGCAAACGACCUGUCCAUGCCUCUCUGAACCUCUGUGGUAAUUUAUUUCUAUGACUUGUCUGUUUUAUUUCUUGAUCUUAGGGAUAACACAAAUUUGACGUUUGACCAAAUUUGACAGUUGACAUGACUGACAAUGACAAGUGCCGUCUGGUCGUUGGGCCUGCCUUUAGCAAGACUUUUUAGUAUCAAAUAAGUUUCCUUUUUAUGAUCGUUAUUACUUAAUUGUUAUAAUUACACAAUAUGUGAUCAUGUAAAUAGUAGUAAAUUCUAAAUUUCUAUUUCGCAACUGUGUGCAUGAUAGCUGCUUAGCUACUAACUAUGGAUUGUGCAGACAUGAAUCACUAUGAAAAACAGCUGUACAUUGUCUUUAAAACAUUCGACGUAGAUAACGAGGAAGCCCUAGAGAAGUCUGCCGUACAAGAGUUAUGUGACGCGUUGCAGCUCGAAGACCGUGGCGCUACAUUAAUCGAGUCGUUGUUCGAGCGCCACCCCGGUCGAGUUACCUUCACACAGUUCCGCAACGGGCUGCUGUCCGUGCUCGGAGGGGGAGACUCGUCGCCUCUUGCCCACACAGCCACUGCCGCCUCAAACCUCUCGCAUCAUAGUGACGACGAAUCUUCAGGACGGGAGGUCGCUCCCAAGUUUGUAUAUGGUGCAAAGAAAUACGGGCGGCGAUCGCGGCCGCAGCACGUCUCGUCUGAGGAGGCGCCUAGACCGCGAGUCGCCUCUGACUCGCGGCUCGACGGUGAACGUUCCAGGGAACGAAUGAGGUGCAAACGUAGCGCAUCUGCUAUGGAGAGCCGAGUGCCAUCGACCGUCGACAGUGACGUCACAGCGGAAGCCCUCGAACACGACAGGCGCGUGGAUCGCGAACACGCCUUGUCCUUGUGCCGCAGUCUUCAGAUGACAGGCAUAGACAGCAGAAUCGUCGAUGGAGUCUUUGAAACCGUGUCCACAGACGAGAUCACAGUAGGUGACUUUUUUGAUCGGUUAAAUGCAUCACUAAGCACUUCUAUAGCUGCGUCUAUCGACGGCGUGAGUACUUCCUCGCAUAAUAUCCUUCCGAACUCUGAGGUAGCGAAUCGAGUUCCAGAUGAGAUGUCGAGCGAAAUGAUAGUAGAAGCAUUCGAGCGCUCCGGCGUCCGCAGACCGCGUCGAUUGCUUCUAGAGUUAGGUUUUGCGGCCGCUACGGUUCGUCCCUCGGACCUAGAGCGUGCGCUUGACGAUGAAUUGCAAGCGCUGACCGCCUCGCCCGAAGGUCAACCGGAAGCUCGCGAUUUUCUUUCUUUAGCUUUGCUUACCCUUUUGCGAUUGAGGCUAGAGCGGUCGCAGCAAUGCAUCUGUGCUACGGUUGCAGAGCGUGAUAAAUUACGAGUGGAUUUAGCAGAGGCAAACCGUCGCGCACGCCUUCUCGCCCAGGACGUCGAUGACAACCAUGCUCGUAUUGAGGACGAAUUAAAAGCGAGUUUACGCCAGGUAGAAGCGCGCCACAACGAGGCGACGCGCGCGGCUGCCGCCGAAAUGAGUCGCGAGCGCGAAAAAACUGCAGCGACCCUGUCGCGCCUCGAGGAAGAGAUCGCGCGUCGUGCAGAUGUCGAGGUGCGCCUGCGGGCCGACGCUGCGACCUUGUGCGAGCGAGUAAAGGAUUUGGAGAUGCGUGCUAUUACUGCAGAGGAAAAAGCACAGCAUUCGGAAAGAGAAAGAGCCCGCCUCGCAGCCGACUUAAAGGCCGCAGAAGAGGCCGGCGCAGUCGCCGCUGACGCUUCUCGCAGCUCCGCGCUGCAGCUAGAGGCGGCGCUGGCAGAGCUACGAUUAGAAAAUAAAUGGUUGCGCGACCGCAACGACGAGCUGUGCGCUGAGCUGGAGGUGGCUCCGCAACAGAGCGCGCGCGGCGGCCCCGCCCCCGCCCCCGCCCCCGUCCACGGCCCGAGCCCCGGUCCCGCGCCCGAUCUCGGCCUCUCCUGGCGAGAUGAGGCGCCACUCGAUACCUCACUCUCGCUCAACGACUCCUGCAAUGGUUCAUACGUUACCGAGGGAAAUGCUCAGUGCACCGUGAUUAAAACCCUUCAAGAAACUCUGGCUCGUAUUAAAGGUUUAUCUUUAUCUAAAGAUAGUACAUGUGAAUCGUGUCGGGCAGUUGCGGAUAUGAUUGCGUCAAUCGAGGGCACAGCGGCGAAUGCGGUGCGCUCAGACACCGGUGUGCAGACCGACGCCUGCGCCGGCGCGCACAACGCCGCCGCAGAUGAACCAUCCCAUAGUCCGCAACAAGCAGAUGCAGAUGAGAAAGCUCAACUACUGGCUGUUAUAAGCGAGCUGGAGUCGUCGUACGAUCAGCUGAAGAGGGAGUACGAGCAGAGCGAGGAGUACUGGGCGGGCAAGGUGGAGGAGGAGCGCGAGGCGUGCGGCGAGGAGCUGCGCGCGGCGGACGAGCGGCUGACGGAGCUGGUGGCGCGCAUCGGCGAGUACGAGCGCCAGUUCGCCCGCGCGCCGCUGCCCGCCAUAGAGGAGCGCGCCGCCCUCGAGCAACAGGUCACCGCGCUCGAGGACGAGUUCGCCGCCUACCGCCGCGACGCCGAGGCGCGGCUGGCCGCCCUGUGCGCGGUGUGCGCGGCGUGCGCGGGGUGCUCCGGGUGGUCCGGGUGCGCUGCGGGUGCGCUGCGUGCGCGCGCCGGACGGGCGGAGCGCGCGGCGCAGCGCCUGGCCGCACGCUUGGCCGCCGCAGACCUGCUCGUCAAGGACCUGUACCUGGAGAACUGUCGGCUGGCACACCGGCCGCGGCUGCCCUGACCUCGCAUCGCCUCGCAUCGCCGACGGGUGGAGACAGCAGCAAAGCUGCCGUUUGGCCUACCCCAAGCCUCGGCGCUCCGCAGCCUCUCCUCGUUGUGGAAAUCAAAUUUUGGAUAAUAAAUGGGCCCUUUGAUAAAAUAACACCGACAGCAUCGUUACAUUGUUGUGCGCCAGCGCCGCCUUCUCGCCGCGUGACCUGCACCAGGUACGUGGCACCUUGCUCACAGUCUGUGUGACACGGCGAGAGCGGCGACACCGGCGAGAGCGGCGAGAGCGGCGACACCGGCGAGAGCGGCGAGAGC